CUACCAUACCAUGUUUUUUUCUUUUUUUAAUACGGAGUAUUUCUAUUCAUUUUCCUUUCUUGAAAUAUCAUCCUUUGGAUAUAUGAUCUCUUUCCCCCAAAUCUUUAACAAACCAAACCCCCAAAUUUCCAGUCCAUUAGUCUUCUCGGGUUCAAGCCCAAAUUUGUUCUUAUCUCUCUCUACCCACAAUCUCUCUUCUCCGGCGAAAGCCCUAGAUCUGGCCCGUUCCCGGUGGGCUCAGCUCCGCCGUUCGACGUUUGGGUAUUUUUCAAAAUCGGGUCUUUCAGAUCUGGGUUUCUCCCAAGGUUUGGAAUCUUGACUUCUUCUUUUUUCUGUUUUCUUGAUGAUAUGUACUAUGCCUGUUUUUUACCAGAAUUUCUGGGCUCUGUCCGAAACCAAUUCCUUAAUUUGAUCGACUGUGUUUUUUAAAAUCUAUUAAAUUUCAUGGGCUUUUAGAUCUGCAUUUACCUUGUGUGUGCGUGUUUUGAUUUCUUGAUCCAGUUCAUCGUAAAAUAAAAUAAAUCAAUUACUAGGGCCUGCUUUUGGUAUUUUUCUUUGAUUUCUUGUUAUGACUUCCAAGAUCGUCUUUUUCUCAUUCCUUUUCUCGAACAAGAUUGAUGGUGAUAUUUUCUGGGCUCAGUCUGGAAGUUAAUUGACUGUAGCCAUGCUCAUAUUUUCUGGGCUCUGUUUGUUUAGAUCUGUGUAGAAUCCCAACUCUGUUGAAUAUUCAGGACAGUGCUUAAACAUAUUUUUUGGAUGUUGUUGUCUCUUUAGCCAGAGGAGUAGUAAACAAAUUGGCCCAAAGGCAGUUUUAUGGAAUCAUACAGUACCCUUGGAAAGUGAUUUUUGACCAAAAAAAAGCUGAAAUUGUUCAUCUUGGCUGAAGAUGGCUAACCCUGAGGUUCCAAACACUCCAGAAGCUCCAGAUGAGAACAAAGAAAUGGCUGCUCACAAUGUCGCAGUGUCUCACAAUAACAUCACUGUCAAGAAUGAAGUUGAGGUCCAUGAUGAUGGGAUGAUGUCACAUGCUGAUAUCGUGGGUCAUGAUGACAUCAUAGCUCAUGACGAGAUGGUGGCUCAAGACGAUAUGAUGACCCACGGUGAGAAUGUGGCUCAAGUUGAUACGAUAGCUCACGACGAGAUGGUGGCUCAAGAUGAUAUCGUGGCUCAUGGCGAAAUGGUUGCUCAUGAUGAGAGGGUGGCUGACACUGAUCAUGGGGAGAUGGUGGCUCAUGAUGAGAGGGUGGCUGACAUUGAUCAUGGGGAGAUGGUGGCUCAUGAUGAUAGGGUGGCUGACAUUGAUCAUGGGGAGAUGGUGGCUCAUGAUGAGAGGGUGGCUGACAUUGAUCAUGGGGAGAUGAUGGGUCAUGAUGAUAUGAUGGCUCAUGAUGCGAAGGUGGCUCACAUUGAUCAUGGGGAGAUGAUGGGUCAUGAUGAUAUGAUGGCUCAUGGUGAGAAGAUGGCUCAAGUGGAGGAUCUGAUGGGUCAUGUUGAGAUGGUUUCCAAUGGCCAUAUGGUAGAUGGGGAGGAGCUAAUGGGUCAUGGUGAGAUGGUGGCUAGAGGUGAUGAUAUGAUGAGCCAUGGCGGCGAGAUGGUCCACCACCACCACCACCACAGCCAUGAGAUUCUCUUCAACAGCAGUGAAAUUGUCCCGGUGGAAGGACACAUGGAUUACAUCGAGACCCCACCCAACAGCUCCGAAACGCAACCCAACAAGAGAAGGAAGAAGAAAUCCAUAGUCUGGGAGCAUUUCACGAUCGAGGCGGUCGGGGACGGGUGCCGGAAAGCCUGCUGUAAAGAAUGCAAACAGUUGUUCGCCUACAGUCAAGGCUCCAAAGUGUCCGGGACGAGUCAUCUCAAACGCCACAUCGCCAAGGGCGCCUGUCCCACAGUCCUACAUACUGCCCUACAGAACGACGCCAACAACAACCACCCCCCCUAUACCCCAGUAGUCCUACAGAGUGGUGCCCCGGACGCCGGGUCCCAACCGCGGGCGAAGCGGCGAUACCGGACUAGCGCCUCCGCCGGCCCGCCGUACUUUCAGUUCGACCCGGACCGUUGCCGGCACGAGAUCUCGAGGAUGAUCAUCAUGCACGAGUACCCGCUCCACAUGGUCGAGAACCCGGGGUUCGUCUCGUUCGUCCACCACCUCAACCCGCGGUUCGAUAUGGUCAGCUUCAACACGGUCCAAGGGGACUGCGUCGCGACUUACCUCAGAGAGAAACAGUCUGUCCAGAAGGUGAUCGAUGCCAUGCCCGGCAGAAUCUCUCUCACGCUGGACGUGUGGUCCUCGUUUCACCAGGUGGGGUACGUCUGCAUAACCGGGCAGUACAUAGAUUCCGAGUGGAGGAUUCACCGCAAGAUUCUUAACGUCAUCAUGGAGCCGUGUCCCGAAUCCGAAACCGCUCUCAGCCACUCCGUUGCCGUUUGCCAGGCGGACUGGGGGAUAGAGGGGAAGCUGUUCUCGGUCACGGUCAACCAGCCUUUGACCGACCUGGCGGCGGAUAAUGUCCGGUCUUUGCUCUCUGUUCGGAACCCGCUCGUUCUCAACGGGCAGCUGCUGGUUGGGGACUGCCUGGCCCGCACCCUGAGCAGAAUCGCGGUGGACGCGUUGAACUACGCGGAGGAACCGGUCAAGAGAGUGAGAGACGCCGUGAAGUGCGUCACGCUUUCGGAAUCCCACGAGGAGAAGUUCAACGAGCUGAAACGGUAUCUGCAGGUCCCGUUCACGACCAAGAACCUCGCGCUGGACGAUCGAACGCGGUGGAACACCACGUACGAGAUGCUGCUUGCCGCUUCCGAGCUGAAGCACGUGUUUUCGUGCUUGGAGACUUCGGAUCCCGACUACAAGGACGGGCCGUCCGCGGGCGACUGGAAACGGGUCGAGAUGCUGUGCGGCCGGCUGAAGAUCCUCUUCGACGCCGCCAGCCUCCUGACCGCGGCGGCGGUCCCCACCACGAACACGUUCUUCCACGAAGCGUGGAACAUUCAGCUGGAGCUGGCCCGUGCCGCCGCCGCCGCCGCCGGCGAGGAGGAGGAGGAGGGGGAGGGCCGCUUUCUCGGCGGCCUCGCGAGGCUGAUGAGGGACGGGUUCGACGAGUACUGGAGGAAAUGCUGCCUGGUUCUAGGCCUCGCGGUCGUCAUGGACCCGCGCUUCAAGAUGCAGCUCAUCCACUUCAACUUCGAAAAGCUCUACGGCGACGCCUCGGAGUUCGGGCGGAUCAUCAGCGAGGCGGCCCACGAGCUGUUCGCGGAGUACGCAUCGGCGGAAGUGGGCCCCGCUGGGGGGACGGUCAAGCUCGAAGAGGAGGAGGAGGAGGAAGACGAGGGGACGUCGGGCGGCGGCGGGCGGGCGUACUCGGACUUCGACCGGUACGUGAUACAGACGACGAGCCAGCUGGCGAAGUCCGAGCUGGAACUGUACCUGGAGGAGUCGCUGCUGCCGCGGGUGCACGGGCUGGACGUGAUCGGGUGGUGGAGGGUGAACAGGAAAAAGUACCCGACGCUGUCGAAGAUGGCCCGGGACGUGCUCACCGUUCCGGUGUGCACGGUCCCGCCGGGCUCGGUGUUCUGCACCGGCGGCAAGGAGAUGGACCGGUACCGGUGCACGUUGCGGCCGGAGACGGUGGAGGCGUUGAUCUGCGCCAAGGAUUGGCUUCUCCAGAGUGAGUCUGCGGCACAGAGUGCCAUUUUUCAGCCUAUCAAAAUGGAAGUCCCAAUUUAGUGGGAGCAAUAAAUAAAACAGUAUUAUGAGAGAGUGAUUUUUAAUUUUAGGGUGUACAAUAAUAUUUCUCUGUGGGCUUUUUUUGUAUUGAAUUGCGUGGUCUGUUUAUCUUUUUUUUACUGGCCUCUAUACAAUUUCUUUGAUUAUGGGUCCAUGGGUGUGUGUACAUCUAGAGCUUUAAAAAGAAGUUUUACAAUUAUUUUUUUUGUUGUUAAAAUAAGAUCCACUUUUUUUG